AUGGGUGGUCAAUCUAGAGAAGGUUUGUUUUCAACUGGAACCACCACCGCUCUUUUGAUUUUUCAUCGACUGAUUGAAGGAUCUGUUACAGGCGGCAAAGCCAAACCCCUCAAGGCUGCUAAGAAGGAAAGGAAAGAACUGGAUGACGAUGAUCUCGCCUUCAGAGAGAGGCAGAAAGCAGAGGCCAAAGCCAGAAAGGAAAUGGCUGAUAAAGCGAAGGGCAAGGGCCCGAUGAAUACCGGCCAACAAGGAAUCAAGAAGUCCGGUAAAAAGUGA